AUGUCUGAAUACGCUCUUCAAGCUAAGCUCGUACUCGUCGGUGAUGGUGGUGUCGGCAAGACAACAUUCGUCAAGCGCCACCAGACUGGUGAAUUCGAAAAGAAGUACAUCCCAACACUCGGCGUUCAAGUUUCCCAAUUAGUUCUCCAAACAUCCCGCGGCCAAAUCCUCUACAACAUCUGGGAUACAGCUGGCCAAGAACGUUUCGGCGGUCUCCGUGAAGGCUACUACCUUGAAGCCCACUGCGCUAUCAUCAUGUUCGAUGUUACAUCCCCAGCCACAUACCGUAACGUUGUCACAUGGCACCGUGAUCUCAUCCGUGUUUGCCCCAACAUCCCAAUUGUUCUUGUCGGCAACAAGAUCGAUGUUCGUGACAGAAAGGUCCCAGCCAAGCGUGUCACAUUCCACAAGAAGAACAACAUGAGAUACUUCGAAGUUUCCGCCAAGUCCAACUACCACUUCGAAAUGCCAUUCCUUUCCCUCGCCAGAUCCCUCCUCGGCGAUCCAAACCUUCAGUUCACAACAGCUCCAGUUCUCAUGCCACCAGAAGUUCAGCUUGACCAAUCCCUCAUCUCUCAGUACGAGAAGGAACUCCAGCAGGCUGAUGCCAUCCCACUUCCAGAUGAAGAUACAGACUUCCUUUCUUAA